AUGGAGAAAUUCAAAGAGAAACUCGCUAACCUUCGCGCUGAAGCUGACGAAGCCAAUGCCCACGCCGAUGAGCUCGAUGUGAAGGUCAAGCAACUUGAGUCAGAGCACACCUCCAAGGACCACGAACUUUUGUCCCUUCAAAUUCGCGUCAAGAAUCUCGAGGAACAGCUUGAGAAGACCGAGAACAAGCUCAGGGAAACCUCUGGAAAGUUCAACGAAGCUGAUCUCAAGGCCGAGGAAGCUGAACGUAAUGUCUCCAACCUUGAACAAGAGCUCAGUGAGAAGGAACAAUUGCACGAGGAGUUGCAGGAAAAGUACAAGACUGCCAAGGCCGAAUUGGAUGAGCUUGCACGCCAAUUUGAUGAGCUGUAA